AGGGUAGAGAAUGGAAGGUACUCAGACCCUCAAAGGCCUCACUGGACCCUUCGUGGCAAGGACGCCAUGAAUGCUGUACCUCCCAGGGGAUGUGUACUUGAGAAUCAAUCGAAGUGUUUGCCUCCUGUGUACACAUGCUCAAGUUCUAAAGGAAAGUCUCACAUGUCUUUACUGUAACGCCAAAUGUUCAUCAGGUGUGAUGAAUACAGUAAUCUAUAUUCUAAAUGCGGACACAUCGGAAGCCCUCCGACCCAUGGCCGUCCAGGCAGCACUGACACCGCACUCAGCACUCACAGACAGCGCCGGGAGUCUACCAGAUACUUGCUCGCUAGGUCCAGUGCUGGGGAGGCUGCCUGCAGCAGCUCGGUGGGUGCAAACACAUGAAUUGUAGCUGCGGGCAGGAGGAAUAUCAGGUGCAUCUCUACGCCCCGAGGGCUCAACUCCUACACUUAAAUCCCUCCCACUGGAACAGCCGGCUCCAGUUUCACCAAGCAAGCGUGAGAACAGGUACUGCUUCCUGAGCACCGCCAGCCACCAGCACCAAGACCCGGCCACAUCCCAGCACUGCCCACCUCUGCUCCUGGCUGCCAGAUGACGGAGGCUCUCGCCAGACCCUCAGCACACAGACCUGGCUUCCGGUAGAAGCGCUCAGGAAAGAGGCAAAGCGGGAGGUUCCCCUUCAGAAACCACGAGGUGCACGAGGCGUCGACGGUGAUCACACCACCUGGACGGCCAGAGUCCGAGGCGUAAGAAGGAAAAUGAGUCUUCUCAAAGAGCGGAAGCCAAAAAAGCCGCAUUACAUCCCCAGGCCUCCGGGAAAGCCCUUCAAGUAUAAAUGUUUCCAAUGUCCCUUUACUUGCAAUGAGAAGUCCCAUCUUUUUAAUCACAUGAAGUAUGGUCUUUGUAAAAACUCGAUUACUUUAGUAUCCGAGCAGGAUCGAGUUCCCAAGUGCUCUAAAUCUAACUCGCUAGACCCUAAGCAAACCAACCAGCCCGAUGCCACGGCCAAGCCAGCCUCUUCCAAGACUGUCACAAAUGGAGUCUCCACCUUUGACUCAAAGCUUCAGCACAGCUCUGCCAGGGAAGACAUCAAGGAGAACCUGGAGCUGCAAGCCCGGGGAAGCCACAGGUGCCCAGGACAGAAGCCAGCCCUCCACAGGGCAUCAGCCUGCGAGAGCCCAGCUCCAGAAGCCGCCCUCGGUGCCCAGCCUGCUCUGGAAGGCGCAGCUCGGCCUUCUGCAUUUGUUCCAGUCGGCGAGCACAGACUUAAGGGGCCAGACAGCGCUGAGGCGCCUGAGACACUGGCUUUACCCAACCCCACUGCCAAGGCCGCCUCCUUCCACACCAAGUCGGCCUUCCACGCUCCUGGCUACCCCUGGAAAGCUGGCUCACCUUUCCUCCCACCAGAGUUUCCACAUAAAAUCUCAUCUACAAAGGGGCUUGGGGCCAUUUCCCCUUACAUGCACCCCACAAUCCCAGAGUACCCGCCUCACUUUUACACAGAGCACGGGCUGGCCACCAUCUACUCGCCUUACCUGCUGGCUGGGAGCUCGCCGGAGUGCGACGCGCCCCUGCUGUCAGUCUACGGAGCCCAAGAUCCAAGACACUUUCUGCCUCACCCGGGGCCGAUCCCUAAGCACCUGACUCCAUCUCCAGCCACAUAUGAUCAUUACAGGUUUUUCCAACAAUAUCCCUCUAAUCUGCCGAUUCCUUAUGGAUUUUACAGGCCAGAGUCUGCGUUUUCCUCCUACGGUCUCAGACUCCCACCUGUCACUGGCCUCACCCGAGAUCAGAGCUCUCACCUGCUUGAAGAAGCCACCCUGGUCUACCCAGCCUCAAGUCCUUCCAGGUUAAACCCUUCAGACCCCAACAGAAAACACAUCGAGUUCGAAAGUCCAAUUCCUGAGGCUAAAGACUCCUCCAAGGCUGGGCAGAGAGACACGGAAGGGUCCAAAAUGAGCCCCCGCGCAGGGAGCGCAGCCACAGGCUCCCCGGGGAGGCCAAGCCCCACCAACUUCACACAGACGAGCCAGACCUGCGAAGGCCUGUGCGACCUCUCCAACAAGGCGGCCUCCAGUGCGCUGGGAAGACUCUACCAGCCGGAGCAAAGCCUCACAGCCUUCAAGCCUGUUAAGAAAAUCACAGGAUGCCUACCUGCCCAGGCUCCUGAGACCAGAGCAGAGUCUCCAAUAAGCCUCAAUGUUGUGAACGGAGACCCCCCCGCUCCGGCUGGAAGCACCUCUCUCGUCUUGGAGGCCGUGCCUUCCAGUCCGGAGGACAGCUCUAGGAUGGGUCCCCUCAACCUCUCCAAGAAAUCAGAGAUAAACCCGGCAGCCACCCACGAACCCACGUACCAAGGCAGCCCCCAGGCGGAAACCGCCAGCUUCUCAGAGCUGCAGGACCUUCCCCUCAAUCUCUCGGUGAAGGACCCCUGCAACGCCCAGGCUCUGAGGCCUGCCUUCCCCAGUCAACCACGAGCUGCAGAACCUGCUGCUGCUGCUGCUCCACAGAAGACUGGGACAGAAGGUUCUGAGGAUGUGCCCAGCCACCCUGAGACCAAGCCAGGCAGCCUCGACGGUGACGGGGCCCCACCCACAGGCCCCGGCGAGGAGGCUCCAGACGCACGUGCAGUGGACAGCAGCGAGGAGCAGAAGCAGACGGCAGCCGUGGCCCUGUGCCAGCUGGCAGCCUACAGCCCCAGGAACAUCCGGGUGGGCGAUGGGGAUGCUGCAGUCCCGGAACCUGUCUGCCAGCAAGACACACCCACACUCAGCUCCACGGAGAGCCAGGAGGCCCAGGGUGACCUCAGACCCAAAGGACAAAAGAGGACAAGUCAAAGGGAUGCUGGAAAAUCCCAGCAAGGAGCUAAGAAGGCGAAGCUGCAAGACACGGCCAGAGUGUUCACACUACGAAGGAGGGCCCGGGUAUCCUAACGCCGGGUUCACGCGUGUGCUCACAGAGCUACGGCCACACACACGCCUCCCGAGGCAGCGAGCUACGCCACCUCUGAACUGGCACUUCUCUUUUACAAAUGCAGCUUCUUCUCAAAAACAAACAAACAAAAACCUCCAAUUCAGUUUUUAUAAAUAUUAAGCAUGAAUAUUAAAAGGUGCUUCUACUUUUGGUUGUAAAAACAUCUGAAUGACUCUAAGACUGAUAUUUUGAAGUCUAAGCCGUCUUACAGAAGAUCUUUUAUAAAUGUUUGCUUAUAAAUAUCUCACCACUACAACAAAUUGUUUUAACUGUUUUUCUAUUAGCUGUAGCUGCAUAUAUGAAGUAAACGACAAUCACUGAAAAAAUGUCAGAAAAAACAUUUUCAGUACUAGCAUUAAAGUGCCAUAUGUAAAAAAGAAAAACGUGAUGUUAUAACUAAAUAACACACAAACAUCGAGAGGCUAUUUAUACAAAUAAUUUAUUUCCGCUAAGUAAAGUGCAUUACUGGUGAAGGUAUUAUCAAUUUAUUCUACUUGCUUAUAAUGCUACAGUGAGUGUUCUGCCUUACUCUGCCUCACUUUCCAUUCCCCAAAAUGAUGUGUAUGUUGCUAAUUUUCCAAUAAACUCAUAUGAACCAUAAGGAAACACAAAAUGAAGAUGAAUGUCAAUCUAUGUUAUCCUUUA